GUGCAUCAGGCACUGGAGAGGAGACGGAGAGCAUCAGAGGUGGACAAAUAGGAAAAGACAAGGAAAGACCCUACGGGAGAAAACAUAAGAACAUCAAGUGUUAAUUCAACUUCGGGAAAACUGCAUAGUAGAAAUGGCAAACGCAGCAGGAAAAGUACACAUGGCUUUACUCUUGUUCCUGAGUGCCAGUGUCCCAUGUUGUUCUGUGUACAACAGCGGGGAGUGCUUCUUCAACACCAAAGGGAGCUGUGUGUACAUGGGGCAGAUGUAUGGGAUUGGAGAGAGCUGGACAACCAGUGACUGUUUUCAGUGUGUCUGCAUGGAGCCUUUUGGAGUGGGAUGUUGUGAUCAUGGAUCUAAACCUGUGGACUAUCCAGACUGGUGUGAGAUCAUCCGUAAACCUGACUCCUGCACUAGUGUUGCAGUGAUGAGAGCCAAUCACAAACUUCCAUGUCUGUGGGGACGAGGACGUCUCAGAGCAGCUGCAGGCCAACCAUGGAAAUCUGACAACAACCCUUUAUUUUGAGUUUAUCAGUGGACGCAAAAACACAUAGUGUCACGUGUGAUGUUUACACUGAAUUCAGUUAAUACGUUCCCUAGAUUUUAUUGAAUUUUAUUAACAAAUAUUCACAACACACUGUUAUUUAUUUAGAUUUAAAUGGCUGGCUCAUGUAUGGUUCAUUAUUUAAAAUUCAGAAAAAUUAUAUGUAUAUCAUUUCUAGUCUUCUUCUUCUUCUAGUAUUGUCAUAUAUAACUUUCCAUUUUUCUGAACAAAUAUAUUUAUAAUAAAGCAGCAUGGUACUUACUUGCUUAUGGUGUAUUUAUGGAGGAAUUAUAUCAUUUCUACAAUCCCAAAGUUGUGUGUCUGUUACAUAGAAGAUGUGUCUCUCUGACUGGCAUUCACAGCGGUACGACCUGAAGAGAGAAAAGUGAUUCAUUAUGACAUCCCACCAUUGCUAAAAAAAAUAUUAAUUGGAUUCAGAUUUACUUAGAUAAAAUUUGGUCUAAUUUUUUUUUCUGUUUUUUAAAUUUUUAUCUAAAUAUUUGCCUGAUGUAUUCUGACACUUUUCAAUCUACUACUAUUUGUUCACAUGUUUGA